GUCGCAGUGUUGACCUUACUUGUUCCUCUUUUUAUUUCAGCUGAACAGCCUGUUUGCAGAGUGUUGGGAAGACCAGUUACACCGCAGUUUUACAGCAAGAGAGAUAUUAUGAUUGGGGGUGUAUUCGCACUCCACAUACGCACCAUGGAUCAAACAUUUUCAUUUACGAGUGAACCAGAGCCUCCAGACUGCAAAAGUUUCCACUUUGGAGAAUUUCAGUCAACACAAACAAUGAUCUUUGCCAUAGAAGAAAUAAAUAACAGAACAGAUCUUCUUCCAGGAAUUUACCUGGGUUAUAAGAUCUAUGAUUCCUGCUCCUUACCUCAUGCAUUAAGAGCCACCAUGGCUUUAAUUAAUGAAGUUGACGAAUCUCUCUCCGAGACACACUGCUCCAGCUUGCCUACAGUUCAGGCUAUAAUAGGAGAUUCAAGAUCUUCACACGCUGCAGCAAUCGCAGUGACUGUUGGAUCAUUCAACAUUCCCUUGAUGCUUGAAUAUCUGAAAGAAGGUAACUUCACAGUGAAGACAGGAGAGAAGGUCUUCUUUGAUGAUAAUGGAGAUCCAGUGGCAAGAUAUGAAUUAGUGAACUGGAAACUUCAAGAAGAAGGAACUCUGCGUUUUGUGGCAGUUGGUUACUACGAUGGUUCGCUGCCUAGGGAUCGACAGUUUAUCAUGAAUGAAGCAAACAUCGUCUGGGCAGGAGGUCAACGGGAGAAGCCUGAGUCAGUGUGCAGUGAGAGCUGUCUUCCAGGCACUCGAAAGGCAGUUCAGAGAGGAAGGCCUGUUUGUUGCUAUGACUGUAUACGGUGUGCUGAAGGAGAGAUCAGCAACACUACAGAUUCUAAUGAUUGUGUUGAUUUGUGUUAUUUGGCUGACAACAGCACCUCCUUUUCCAAACAAGAACAUGAAAUCCUAUGCAGACAGAAUUAUUCUGGAGUGUGA